AAAUCAUCACAAGUCAACGAGACUCCAGAUAGCGCGCUGUUAGUACACUCACGACUUUCGGAUGUAUUCCAAUGCAAAUAUCUUGGCGGAGCUGUCGUACAAUUGUGCAGAUGUGCGAUAGCAUGCAAGAGUGUUUAGUCGUCUCUCUUCCAACUUAUUAUCUUCAUUCAAUAAGUUGACAGAUAGUGCAGUCAAACUAGUGUCGUUCUUUGAAUGACUUGUCCUGCAGUCGUUAGGUACGUCCAGCACUUUGUCAGUCUUGUAUCAGUUCUCAAAUCAGAUCCAUACUUGAGCUCACGACCUGUCAUCCUCAAAGCGCGUCCCCCGGAACUCUGGAGUGGACAGAUAUUAGAGGGACAUAUAACUUGUUAUACACCGCUCUAUGUUAUUUCUUAUCUUUUGUCAAAAACAAGCGACACAAUGGAUUUCUCGUUCUGCCGCCUAUUAUGUCUUGUGAUUGCAAUCACUAUGUUCAAUCAAAGGGUAGAUUCCAACAAGAUUCUUGGGCUGAAGAUCCCCAAUAUCGACCCCAUUCUCAAUGCUAACACCGUGUGCUUGACCCUGCCUGGACUGAACCACAGACAACUGGAGGUGUGCAUGAGAAACCCCGACGUCACCGCCUCGGCCAUCCAAGGCAUCCAGAUCGCCAUCCAUGAGUGCCAGCACCAGUUCAGAGGACACAGGUGGAACUGCUCCAGCCUGGAGACCAGGAACAAGAUCCCAUACGAUAGUGUGGUUUUCAAACGAGGUUUCCGAGAGAGCGCCUUUGCAUACGCCAUCGCGGCAGCGGGCGUGGUCCACGCCGUGUCCAAUGCCUGCUCCAUGGGGAAGCUGAAGGCGUGCGGCUGCGACGAGAAGCGGAGAGGCGAUGAGGAGGCUUUCCGCAUCAAACUGAACCGGUUGCAGCUGGAGGCCAUCCACCGGGGGAAGGGCAUGGUGCACGGAGUCAUGGAGCACUUCCCUGCAGACCUGCCCGGGCCUCAGGACUCCUGGGAGUGGGGAGGCUGCAGCCCCGACGUGGACUUUGGGGAGAAGUUCUCCAGGGACUUCCUGGACUCGCGCGAGACAUACAAGGACAUCCAUGCCAGGAUGAGGCUCCACAACAACAGAGUUGGCAGGCAGGUGGUGAUGAACCACAUGAGACGGAAAUGCAAAUGCCACGGGACAUCAGGAAGCUGCCAGCUGAAGACCUGCUGGCAAGUCACACCGGAGUUCAGGGUGGUAGGCUCGCUGCUCAAGGAGCGUUUCCACAUAGCCACCCUCAUCAAAGCGCACAACAGGAACACGGGCCAGCUGGAGCACGCCCACCACCCCACACACAGACGGCUCAACGAGCUGGUCUACUUUGAGAAGUCCCCGGACUUCUGCGAGAGGGAUCUGCGGUCCGACUCGGCCGGAACGCAAGGGAGGAUCUGUAACAAGACGAGUCACGAAAUGGACAACUGUGAAAGCCUCUGCUGCGGGCGAGGCCGUAACAUUUUACAGCAGACCCGCAGUGAACGAUGCAACUGCAAGUUCCACUGGUGCUGUUACGUGGUCUGCGAAGAGUGUCGAAUAACAGAGUGGGUCAGUGUCUGCAAAUGAAGAAAUGCCGAAAUGUAAUAAUCUACCUUUUUUUUUUUUUUUUACAGAGAAAGACUGCAAUACACCCCUUCCCUUUGCAAUGGACUGCCAUUUCCAUUAAUAGAAUGGAUCGCACGAAAACAAGACUGGAAUAUAGCCAGUUCAAAGAGGUGCACAACCAAUGUGUGCACAGCAUGUGUCCAACCGCCACAGUUCCCGAGACUCUGGAUCUGCACGGCCUUUCAUCUCGGAAAGUGUUUUUAGGAUACAUCAGAUUAAAGAUAGUGAGAUACUAUGGAUGGUAUUGAUUACUGAGCACUCAUUUAUUUAAACAAGGCGUCCCGAAAAUGACAAAUGGAGGAUUUUGUUAUCUCUAGACUAAAACAACUGCAUGGGAUCCCGGUAAUUUAAGAAGAAGAAGAAUGUUACAUCUACUCUUGCUAUACUCAGAGCGACAGGUUAACCAUGUCAACUCAUUUUGAAUGUUUUGUAAUGUUUCAGGUUACAAAAUGUGGCAAUUCUAGAUGUCACUCUGCAAAAUGGCUACCUUGUCCCUCACAACAGUACAUUUGUCCAUACUGGCAAAAAAAAAAAAAAAAGAAAAUGUGGACUAGAGUGUUGACUGUUGCGGGUGUUCUCUUGCAAGGAUGGAGUUGGGAAGACAGAGGAUCAGAUGAUCAAGCGAUAGAGACAUGAGUAGUUACAGUACACAGAACGGACAUGAGAAACAGCCCGAGGGCAAAUGGUGGAGCUGAUUCAUGUCUGGAAGGCUGAAACAAUGAAAAGACUGGGCCCGUUGGUUGGUCUAUGCAAAAUCGGGUCAUCUAUAGCCCUGCCUUCACACGACUAACUGUUGACAUGUAGUCAAUGUUAUAAAGCACUACCGUUAUCUCAUAGGUUUGACUCAAUGGACAAUUAGAAAUUGACUGGGUUGUGGUGGUGGUCCAAAAUAGGGGAGGGGUGUUUUUCUAUUGGGCACAGGGGUGGGUAUAGUGCGUUUAUUCUCUGGUUUACAUUCGCCGUUUUGCAGAUUUUAAUAUAUGAUUUCUUCCAUCCUAGCCAAAUGUCAUCAUCUGCUUGUGCUUCCCCUAUCAAGGUGUUUUGGUACUUCCCUGAUGCACUGCGCUUUUCCGCACGUUAAUUAUACCACAGGUCAAUAUAGUCUACCAGUCUAACUGUCUAUACUGCUAUCUGUCCACCAUUCAUAGUGACAAUAGUGGUAGGUGGAUCGUUUGCAGGUUGACAUAUUUUUGUCUUGUCCUGAAGGCAGAACUGAGUGAUGUCCCCUUAGAUUGGCCAGCUGGCAAAGUCAAAAUUGUCUAUAUUGUAGAAAUGUAUGAAAAGAAAAUGCUUUUUGGUCUUCAUUUUAGGUUAGAGUUAGGUAUUAGGGUUAGCAGUGUAGUUAAGUUUAGGGUUAAGUUUAGGUUUAGGUUAGGUUUAGGUUAGGUUAAGUCCAGAACAAGAUUCAUGACAGAAAAUGUUAACCUGCGGAUAAUUUAUCCAGAUCUGAUACAUGCUAAGUCGCAAUCAUACCACACAUAAAAUCAUUCAAAUCGGCACCAAUUUUCAAUAUAAGCGGAGAUGCCAAGUGCAUGAAAGAACAGUGAAGACAUGAGACACGCAACUCUAAAAGCUCCCGCAUUUAUCUUUUUUAGGGACAAUACAAUUAUCCUACCUAAACUAGCCUACAACACCACCAUUUCAAGUGAGUACAAAACCCAUGCUCUAGGCUUUAAACUGCAAUGAAAAUGUAACUUGAAAAAGCCUUGUUAUCUGAACAUUUCCUUCCAUUAAUUCCAUUUGGAUCAUUUGUGGGUUUACUCUCGAUGCGCUGUCUGUUGCAUAUCAUCAUUCUCCCAAGUUGUCUUAUAAUAUUGGGGCCACAUAUCCUCCCAGCAGGCCCAGUUAUUCAGGAAAGCUGAAAAGGAUACUUCGGGAUAGACUUCCAGUCAUUGUGCUAACGCUAGUUAGCUUUGGCUCGCAAAACUACCUUUAACUUACUUCAAACUGGACACAGAGACAUACAUGUGGUUCCUCUGACUCUGGGGAAGUAUAUAAAGGGCCUCAUUGCCAAAAUCCCAAUGUGUCCCUUUAACACUGCUCUGCCUUCUCUCCGAUCUGAGUGACUAUUCCUCGCGCACCUAGAACCUAACGCUUCAAUAUAGCCGAAAUAUUUGUCAUUUCGCUGUUAAAAUGUAUGACCUUUUAUGUGUGGCAUAAACACAACCGGUCACAAUGUUUUAAUCCGGUUAGGCUACUUCAAAAGCCUCCUUUAGGCUACUUUCGCAUAUUCGUCCAAAAUAUAAUUCCAGCAUCCAAACUGCAGAUUGUGGUGUUAAAAUUGCAAACCAAGAAGUUGGUCUACUUUGCUUAUUGGUUGUGGUGCAUUGGUACAAAAACCUGUUUGUGAAAAACAUGUUUUUAUAUAUAUAUAGAAUUAUAAAUAUAGCAUCAAAAUCUUGAAAAUCGUAUUCCCCCCUAGCUGAUCAUUGUCUGCAGCCGGCUCUGAUCGUAGUGUAGGUCUAAUGGAACAGGCAGGGAGAGUUAGCUGUCCGAGGUGGUCGUCAAACCCUCAACAUUCUGGCCCUUAGCCCUGCGUGGCACCGACUGUGCCACAAAAGCAUGCAGAAGUGGCAAAGUCGAUAUCCACGUUUAUAAUCACAGAUAUUGUGAUUUUGGUCGUAAACAUCAUUUUUUGUUAAUUCUGUGCCGGGGGUGUGCAUUUUAUUUUACAGUACAAGGGGAGGUUUGGGUGAAAAUAUUUCAAAUGUUGCGGAGGUGGGCGAUUCUUUUCUUUCUAUGACACCUCAAGUUGGACCAGACCCCCACCCCCAGUACAUUUCUAACUGUCCCCAAUUAAGUUAGCUGUAAACCACCAUUUUGUACAGAUGAAUGGUUGAUGUAAGUUCUUCCAAACCUAAAACUCAAUGCAAAUAUAUGGUUGUCUAUAUUCUGUAAAAAAUCAUAAUAAUUGUUGUUUCAACUAAAUACUAUUAAGUAACUGGUUCCACAGCUUUUCUUUGUGUGUUUACACACCUUUUUCAGUUAAAGGGUUAACAUUUUUAGUUGGGCCUAAACUUGUGUUUGCCCAAAUGAUGUGUUUGCUUAAAUUGUCUCAUAUGUUCAUUCAACUAGAAAUGAUUAUUUGGGCAUCUUACCUAAAAAAACAAACAGCUGUGGAACUAUUUAAACAGACACAGUGUGUUUAACAUACAUAUUUGACAGACAUUGCACAUGUUCAUUUAUAAAGUCAUUCAUAUUCAACAUGUCCUCUGAACUCACAACCUCUUGGUUUACGGCACGCUAAUCUUCCUGCUACACUAUCAUGUCUGUGUCAACGACUGAUUUCACCUGUACUGCUACACGUUGCACUUCACUGUAAAUCUCAGCUCUGUUAAAAGUACACUCAAGAAAAGCUAUUAUGUUCGUUAUAGUGAUUCAGGAGUAACAUUAAAACAGAGUAAUAUGCUCCGCCAACAUUAGACAACUAUACAGAAAAAACAAGAAUCACUUAAAAUAAGUCCAUCAAAUCAACGAUGAGAGAAUAGUCAGGUGAAGAGAUAAUCCACCAAGACAUGGUGGUGUAGCAGGAGGAUCAGAAUGCCAUCAACCAAGAGUUUGUGAGUUCAAAUCCCAGGUGCAUAUAUAUAAUCAUCCUGUAAAUAAACAUGCACAAUGUAAUUAUGUGUGUCAAAUAUGUGCAUUCAAAUCACUGUCAGUUGGACAGACUUUUUUUUAAGUUAAGAUGCCCAAGUAAUGUCUAGUUGAAUGAACAUAUGAGACAAGUUGAGCAAACACAUCAUUUUAAAUGGACAGCAUUUUUGUCAAAGUUUCCUCAAGUUGGAGCUUAGGUUUGGACCAUAUAUAUACAUUUUCUGUUCAGGUAACACUUGGAAUGAAAAGUUGAGUAAACAGAAAAAUGUCUGGAACCAGUUACUGAAUAAUAAUUUGUUGAAACAACUAGAUUUGUGGGUGUUUUUACAGUGCAUCCUUGUUUGCUAAUAGGUCCAUUGUUUGCUAAUAGGUCCAUUGUUUGCUAAUAGGUCCAUUGUUUGCUAAUAGGUCCAUUGUUUGCUAAUAGGUCCAUUGUUUGCUAAUAGGUCCAUUGUUUGCCUGGAUGUGUGUUUUUAUUAUGAAAAUCGAAUUUCUGCAUAGAAUAUAUCAAAAUGCAUUUUAUCAAAGAACCGGUCAGUUAGGGUAAUUUAUUAUGAGCAAAUACAUUGGGUCUGUGUUUUUUUUAAAACACAUGAUAUGUUACUGGUAAAAUGUUAGAUUAUUUUGAUGCAGAUUUAGUAGUUUGCACAUUAAUUUUGUUCUGGAGAAGGUGUAUUUUGGGGAUAUAACAUAGCAAUAUUAAUUUUGUUAUAAAUGUAUUAUUUUUCAUCUUUGUUGGUCCUGGUUAUUUUCUAAGUUAUUUUAUUUUUGUGGACGACUUAAUAUUUGUAAAACAAUAAAGAACUAAAGUUAUUUUUUUUAAAGGGACUUUAAUGUGAAGACAAAUGAGAAGAGUACGUUUAAAAAAUAUUAGAAAAUAAAGUGCAACAAUGGA